AUAAUAAAUCAUUUACUUCACCUUUCUCUCUCUCUACCCCUCUCUCUCCUAAGUGCGCUCUCUCUCUCUCUCUCUCUUUGUAUAGCUUACAGAUUAAGAAAGCAAAAUCCAUAUAAGAGGUGUGAUACAACAAAAUGGAUCAAAAACCAGUGGAGGAGGCAUCAAUCUACGGCGGCAGAGGAGGAGGAGGAGGAGAGAUGAAGCGAAGCCAAUCGGAAUUGGCUCUAGAAGAACUCUUUAGCAAAGAUGAGAAAGUUGGUGGGAAAAUUCGGACACAAAGAGCUCGUGUUUUUGCCGAUGCUGAUGCUUUUCUUGGCCUUGAUGUCAGCCAAGCCCACUCUAAAUGUUUUUGUGACGUUUGUGCCGCCACCGCCGAUCUUACCAUCCCUUUCCGAUAUCAGACAAUGAACAGCGUACCGAGUUGUGGUGGACUAACAGACAACAUUCUAUGGCCUGAACAUGUCACUUCAAAUCAAUCCUGCAUCUCGGCAACAAUUGAAUCCCAGUCAUCAAUAUGUGUUAGCAGUCCAGAUUCAGCUACUAAACCGAAAGGCAUUGAUAACCAAACAACAGGAGCUACAAGUGGUUCCUCACGCGAGCAAUCAGAUGAUGAUGACAUCGAGACAGAAGCUGGUCAAUGUGAACAGAGCACUGAUCCUCUCAAUUUAAAACGCGCCAAAAGAAUGGUUUCGAACAGAGAGUCAGCUAGGCGCUCAAGGAGAAGAAAACAAGAACAUCUGGCAGACCUUGAGAAGCAGGUUGAACAACUGCAAGGAGAAAAUUCAAAUCUGUUCAAGCAAUUUACAGGUGCUUCUCAACAAUUUAAAGAUGCUAACACUAAUAAUCGAGUGCUUAAGUCAGAUGUAGAAGCUUUGAGAGCCAAGGUGAAGCUGGCUGAAGAUAUGGUCACUAGAGGCUCGUUGACAAUGUCUACUUUAAGUCAUCUCCUUCAAAAUCAUUUAAGCACUCCCCAACAACCUUUUACUACUGACAACAUGUGUCGACUGGGCAAUAAUAUCUCACCAACAAUCGCUGUACAUGAAGAUGAUGUCUCAUAUCCUGGAAUAACAGUUUCUGGGCAAAAUUCAACUCUUGGACUUGAAAAUCCUAACACCUUCAAUGGUGGUGCCAAUAAUGAUUUUAUAAGCGAUACUGUCAGCUGUGUGGCCGAGGAUUGGUCUUGGAAAUCUCAUGCACCUACAAUUUCCAAAUAGAGCUGAAGUUUUGCUAUUUCUAGACUGUGGCCUUAGUUUCUCUAGAGCUGCUUUUCUUUCUUUUUUUGUGUGUGUUUUUGAACUCUCUCUCCCCUCCUGUUCAUGGUUUUAAAUAAUGGUACUGGAAUACGGAUUGGUAUCAGCGAUAUGGUUAUAUAUUGAUUGACAUCAGAUAGUAUCAGCCGAUAGAUCAAUAUCAAAAGUCUAAAAUCCUGAUACGUAAUAGCCAAUACAAUAUGUAACGGCUGAUGUUUAAAGCCUUGCUCCUGUUGUUUGUUUAUUUGGGAUUGUGGCUUGCAAGAGACCUAUUGUUUCAGUUGUAUCUUGCACUAUAAUUGUUAGUGUACAAUAUUCUUGUUUCACAACACAAAAGUCUUCUUCA